UAUAUCUUUUCUUUACGUCAAUUUCUUGGACUCACUCACCAUGGAUAAGAGUAUACAAUUAGGACCAUGGGGAGGAAAUGGAGGGUGUUCUUGGAAUGAUGGAGUCUAUAGUGGUAUUCGAGAAAUUAGUAUUGUAUAUGGAAGUUGCAUUGAUUCAAUUUGUGUGACUUAUGAUAAGUUUGGGAAACCAUUUUUGGGUGAAAAACAUGGAGGAAUGGGAGGAACUGAAGCUGCUAAGAUUAAGUUGCAAUUCCCCGAAGAGAUUUUAAUUAGUGUUAGUGGACAUUAUUGCCCUGUGGUGUACGGAGGUGGCCCCGUGAUUCGAUCACUUACUUUUAAGAGCAACCAAAGAACAUUUGGACCAUUUGGGGUUGAAGAAGGGACACCCUUUAAUUUUAUAGCAAAUGGAGGUCUUGUUGUAGGGUUUUAUGGAAGAAGUGGAUGGUUUUUGGAUUCAAUUGGGUUUUACUUAUCAAGUCCUAAAGUGAGCCUCUUUCAAAGAGUCCAAACUAUGUUUCAAGGGCUUAAUGCUUUUACUAUCAAAGACUCUGAACAAAAGAAAACUAAGGGCUCCAAAGGUUAUACUUGGGGAAUAUGAUUAUUGUGCCAUUUGUUAAUUGUUAUGUCUGUGUUUUGUUGUGUUUGUUUGAUCCAUUUUAUAAUUUCUUUUGUGGUUUGUAUCUUUUUGUAUGGUGUUGUAAUAUAUAUAUUUUUAAAAGCUUACAUAUG